UCCUCCGUUUGGCUGAAUCAUUUUAUCCAUCAUCAUACCCAGAAUGCAAAGUGAGAGACAGCGAAACCUCGGCAGCCUGGAGCCUGUUGGGUUAUCAUGGCGAUAAGAGGCACGUCUUCCCCCUGAGUCUCCGUGGCAACAAACGCUUUGCUUUCCCGCUACAUGAAAACACACGCUGAGCCCCGAGCAGCGCGGAGACCUGCCGGACUUUCAGCCCAGAUUGGAGGAAGGACAUAGCGAGUGACCGUCAUGGCAGCGUCGGAGGAGCUGUACACAAAGUGUGCUCGGGUUUGGAUACCUGAUGUAGAGGAGGUGUGGAAGUCUGCUGAGCUCACCAAGGACUACAAAAGUGGAGAUGUCUCCCUGCAGCUCAUGCUGGAAGAUGGAAAGAACAUUGAGCACAAGCUGGACCCUAAGACAAAAAACCUGCCUUACCUGCGAAAUCCUGACAUUUUGGUGGGCGAGAAUGACCUCACAGCGCUCAGCUACCUCCACGAGCCAGCAGUGCUGCACAACCUCAAAGUCCGCUUCAUCGACUCGAAGCUUAUCUACACUUACUGCGGAAUCGUGCUUGUGGCCAUUAACCCGUACGAGACGCUGCCCAUCUAUGGAACAGAUAUCAUCAACGCCUACAGCGGUCAGAACAUGGGCGACAUGGACCCACAUAUCUUCGCUGUAGCAGAGGAAGCUUACAAGCAGAUGGCCAGGGAUGAGAGGAACCAGUCGAUUAUUGUAAGCGGGGAGUCUGGUGCAGGAAAGACGGUGUCAGCCAAAUACGCCAUGAGAUACUUUGCUACGGUCAGCGGCUCAGCCAGUGAGGCCAAUGUGGAGGAGAAAGUCUUGGCUUCCAACCCCAUCAUGGAGGCCAUCGGAAAUGCAAAGACCACCAGAAAUGACAACAGCAGUCGCUUUGGGAAAUACAUCGAGAUCGGCUUUGACAACCGUUACCGUAUCAUCGGUGCCAACAUGAGAACAUAUCUGCUGGAGAAAUCGCGAGUGGUAUUUCAGGCGGACGAGGAGAGAAAUUAUCAUAUCUUCUAUCAGCUUUGUGCAUCUGCACAUCUGCCUGAGUUCAAGGCUCUGAAGCUAAGCAGUGCAAAUGACUUCCUGUACACGAGGCAGGGCCGCAGCCCCGUUAUCGACGGAGUGGAUGACACCAAGGAGCUUUGCACCACACGCAAUGCUUUUUCCUUGCUGGGUAUUAAUGAGUCCUAUCAGAUGGGUUUGUUCCAGGUUUUGGCUGCCAUUCUUCAUCUGGGAAAUGUGGAGAUUAAGGACAGAGAUGCAGACAGCAGCGUUAUUCCUCCCAACAACCGUCACCUGAUGGCGUUUUGCGAGCUGGUGGGUGUGACCUACCAGGAUAUGUCCCAGUGGCUGUGCCACAGGAAGCUGAAGACGGCCACAGAGACGUAUAUCAAGCCCCUCCCUCGUCUGCAGGCCACGAAUGCCCGUGAUGCUCUGUCCAAACAUAUCUACGCCAAGCUCUUCAACUGGAUUGUGGAGCACGUCAACAAGGCUCUGGUGACAAAUGUUAAACAGCACUCCUUCAUCGGAGUCCUCGACAUCUACGGGUUUGAGACAUUUGAAAUCAACAGCUUUGAGCAGUUCUGUAUCAACUACGCUAAUGAGAAGCUGCAGCAACAGUUCAACAUGCAUGUGUUCAAACUGGAGCAGGAGGAGUACAUGAAGGAGCAGAUCCCCUGGACUCUGAUUGACUUCUAUGACAAUCAGCCGUGCAUCAACCUCAUAGAAGCUAAGAUGGGCAUCCUGGACCUGUUGGACGAGGAGUGCAGGAUGCCUAAAGGUUCGGAUGACUCAUGGGCUCAAAAGCUGUACAACACCCACCUAAAGACUUGUUCCCUGUUUGAGAAGCCUCGCAUGUCCAACCGCGCCUUCAUCAUCCAGCAUUUUGCAGACAAGGUGGAGUACCAGUGUGACGGCUUCCUGGAAAAGAACAAGGACACGGUGAAUGAAGAGCAAAUCAAUGUGAUGAAAGCCAGCAAGAAGUUUGACCUGCUGGUGGAGCUGUUCCAGGACGAGGAAAAGGCAACCAGCCCCACUGGCCAGGUCCAGGGAACCGGGGGCCGCACCCGUCUCAGCAUCAAACCCGACAAGAGCCGGGACACGAGCAGCAAAGAGCACAAGAAGACUGUCGGCUGUCAGUUUCGUAACUCUCUACAAAAGCUGAUGGACACUUUGAACGCGACCACUCCUCACUACGUACGCUGUAUCAAACCCAAUGACUUCAAGUUGGCCUUCUCGUUUGAUCCCAAACGUGCGGUGCAGCAGCUCAGAGCCUGCGGCGUCCUGGAAACCAUCCGGAUCUCUGCUGCAGGCUUCCCAUCGAGAUGGACGUAUCAGGAGUUCUUCAGCCGUUACCGAGUGCUGAUGAAGCAGAAGGACGUCCUCGCUGACAAAAAGUUGACCUGCAAGAACGUUCUGGAGAAAUUGGUGCAGGAUCAGGAUAAAUAUCAGUUUGGCAAGACUAAGAUCUUCUUCAGAGCCGGUCAGGUGGCUUACUUGGAGAAACUGAGGGCAGACAAGCUGCGUGCCGCCUGUAUCCGCAUCCAAAAAACCAUCCGCUGCUGGUUGGCACGCAAGAAGUACCUGCGCAAGCGCAGUGCUGCCAUUACCAUACAAAGGUUCACCAGAGGAUACCAGGCCCGCUGCCUGGCCAAGUUCUUGCGCCGCACUCAGGCAGCCACUAUCAUCCAGAAGUACCAGAGGAUGUACGUGGAGAGGAAACGCUACAAGCAGAAGCAGGCAGCCGCUCUGGCCAUGCAAACCAUCCUCAGAGCUUACAUGGCCCGGCAGAAGUAUCAGGCGCUGUUGCGGGAGCAUAAGGCGGUAAUCAUUCAGAAGCACAUUCGUGGCUGGUUGGCCCGGUGCUGGUACAAGCGCUGCCUGGAAGCCAUCGUCUACCUGCAGUGCUGCAUCCGCAGGAUGAGGGCCAAGCGUGAGCUGAAGAAGCUGAAGAUUGAGGCUCGCUCAGUCGAACACUUUAAGAAGCUCAACAAAGGCAUGGAGAACAAAAUCAUGCAGCUGCAGAGGAAGAUCGACGAGCAGAGCAAGGAAAACCGGUUGGUCAACGAGAGGCUAGUCGGCCUGGAGAGUUCCUACACAGUGGAGAGCGAGCGAAUGCGCGGCGAGCUGAACCGGUUGCGUGGGGUGGAGGAGGAUGCCAAGAACAAAGCCAACCAGGUGUCCUCUCUGCUGGAGGAGUUGGAGAGGCUGAAGAAGGAGCUGAGUGCCACGCAGCAGGAGAAGAAGACCAUCGAGGACUGGGCACAAAGUUACAGGGACGAAAUGGAGAAAAUGGUGGCAGAGCUGAAGCAUCAGAACGGGCUGCUGAAGAAAGAGAAGGACGACUUGAAUCGGUUGAUUCAGGAACAGAGUCAGCAGAUGACAGAGAAAAUGACUCGUGCGAUAGCAGAGGAGACUCAACAGCUGGAGACCGACCUGAACGAGGAGCGUUCUCGCUACCAGAAUCUCCUGAGCGAACACCUUCGCCUCGAGGAGAAAUACGACGACCUCAAGGAGGAGAUGGCUCUUUCUUCGAACGUCUCGAAGCCUGGCCACAGGAGAACAGAUUCUACCCACAGCAGCAACGAAUCGGAGUACACGUACAACUCCGAGUACGCCGAGUUGGAAGAUGGUACCCGUGGCCGCGAAGAUGUGACACGAGGAAUCGACACCUCGCUAACUCUCAAGCUGCAGAAACGUGUCACAGAGCUGGAGCAAGACAAGCAGUUGCUGCGCAACGAACUGGAAAACAGAGAGGAGCAGCUGCAGCGGGCUAGUGCCAUGGCUCGUGGGGCUGAGCUGGAGUACGAGUCCCUGAAGCGUCAGGAGCUCGAGUCAGAGAACAAGAAGCUGAAACAUGACCUGGAGGAGAUGAGGAAAAGUCUGCUCGGUAACGCUGCCACAGGCGCCGGUGCUCCGGGCUCGCCAGCUUACAAGGUGCUCCUGGAACAGCUCAACGCCUCCUGUGAGGAACUGGAGGUCCGCAAGGAGGAGGUGCUGAUCCUGCGCUCCCAGCUGGUCAGUCAGAAGGAGGCCAUGCACCACAAGGAUGAGAAGGAGACCAUGACGGAGCCUUCAGUGUAUAAAGAUGACGUGUCCAAACUGAAGGACGACGAAGUCAAGCAAGCUUACGUAGGCCUCAAAGACACCAACAGAUCUCCUAGGUUCAUGCGUCAGCAGCUGGAAGUCAGUGAUCUCCUGAGUAGGCUGAGAUCUGCUGCUCCAGACUUACGUAAGCUGAAUGAGGACGGAGAGCUGUGGCUGGUUAAUCAGGGCUUGAAGGAGACCAUCAGGCUACUGGAGCACCAGCUGCAGACUCAGCGGAGGACUUAUGAUAAUGAGGUGGAGUCGUUGCGCAGCGAGCUGCAGAACGUCAAGGAGGAGAACAACCGGCAGCAGCAGCUCUUAGCCCAGAAUCUGCAGCUGCCUCCAGAGGCCAGAAUCGAAGCCAGUCUGCAACACGAGAUCACCCGGCUCACCAACGAGAACCUGGAACUCAUGGCAGACGACCCCACGGCAUCCCGAGAGGCUCGAGUCGUCAUUUUACGGCGGAUGGUUGAUCUAAUGGAGCAGCUAGAGAAGCAGGACAGAACAAUCCGAAAGCUCAAGAAGCAGCUGAAAGUUUACUCCAAGAGGAUUGGAGAGAUGGGAGCCGGUCAAACCGAAGGCCAGACAUCUCCGGGACAGAUGGUGGAUGAGCCGAUCCACCCUGUCAACAUUCCUCGCAGGGAGAAAGACUUCCAGGGAAUGCUAGAGUACAAGAAGGAGGAUGAAAUGAAACUGGUUAAGAACCUCAUCCUGGAACUAAAACCUCGUGGUGUAGCAGUGAAUCUGAUCCCAGGUCUGCCAGCCUACAUCCUGUUCAUGUGUCUGAGACAUGCAGACUACGUCAACGAUGACCAGAAGGUCCGCACUCUGCUCACGUCAACCAUCAACAGCAUUAAAAAGAUCUUAAAGAAACGAGGAGAUGAUUUUGAGACCGUCUCUUUCUGGCUGGCCAACACCUGCCGCUUCCUGCACUGUUUGAAACAGUACAGCGGAGACGAACAAUUCAUGAAGCACAACACGUCGAGGCAGAACGAGCACUGUCUGUCCAACUUCGACCUCGCAGAGUACAGACAAGUGAUCAGCGACCUGGCCAUCCAGAUCUACCAGCAGCUGAUCAAAUGCAUGGAGAACAUCCUCCAGCCCAUGAUAGUCUCUGGCAUGUUGGAGCACGAGACCAUUCAGGGCGUGUCGGGAGUUAAGCCCACGGGUCUGCGUAAACGGACGUCAAGCAUUGCCGACGAGGGCACCUACACCCUGGACUCCAUCCUGCGACAGCUCAGCGCCUUCCACUCCACCAUGUGCCAGCACGGCACCGACCCUGAGCUCAUCAAGCAGGUGGUGAAGCAGCAGUUUUACAUCAUCGGCGCUGUCACACUCAACAACCUGCUGCUACGCAAAGACAUGUGCUCCUGGAGCAAAGGCAUGCAGAUCAGGUACAACGUGAGUCAGCUGGAGGAGUGGCUCAGAGACAAAGGUCUGAUGACCUGCGGAGCCAAAGAGACGCUGGAGCCUCUGAUCCAGGCCGCUCAGCUGCUGCAGGUGAAGAAGAAGACUGACGAGGAUGCAGAGGCCAUCUGCUCCAUGUGCCACGCUCUCACCACUUCUCAGAUCGUAAAAGUUCUGAACCUCUACACCCCCGUCAACGAGUUUGAGGAGAGAGUGUCAGUCGCAUUCAUACGAACCAUACAGACUCGCUUGCGGGACCGCUGUGAGAGUCCCCAGCUGUUGAUGGACACGAAGAUGAUCUAUCCCGUCACCUUCCCGUUUAACCCUUCUUGCCUCGCACUGGAAACCAUCCAGAUCCCCAGCUCGCUCAACUUGGCCUUCCUCACCCGUGUCUAAUGCGAGCCCACCAGAGCACUCUGAGCCCCGCGGCGAAUUUGUCUUAGUGGCCACAGUCGGAUUUGCAAGUCACCGUCUCCCCGAAAAAUUUAAAACACCACAAACACUCGCAAAUUUCACUCACGUUAACACGAUUUGAAGUCAUGUUUAAAUAAACGGGUGAAAGGGUUCAGCAGUUUCUCUAGUUUAAACUCAGACAUGCGCGCACGUACAUGAAAAAUGCAGACACGUCACAUCUGUAAAGUACUUUCAUCCUCCGAACGUACAGACGCACACUCGCCUUCUCUCUUUCACGAACGCACAGAUACGCACACAUGUGGUUAUUUCCGCUGGUUUAAAUCUGGCCGUAAGCCCUGAGCAUCAUCUGCUGCUUGUACAAAACGCCCGCCUCUUAGAGAAGCCACAGGACCAGAUCAAUGCCUCCAGUACUCGCCAUCGAUCCUUCAUCUGCGUUUCCAGUAAUCGUUAAGAUAGUUGUUGUUGUUGUUGUUGUUAUUGUCUCGAUACACGAGAGCAGGCCCACCAGGUGGAGCUGAAGCCUCAAAACAAGUUAUGAUUUGUCAGUCUAGCAGUCUGCCCUCAUGUUGGGUCAAUUCUGAGCUCCUGUGUGAGGGCAGCUGAAUGAUGAGGUGAAAAAGUCAGCGCUCUCUCCACCCCGUGUUGAGGUGACCACUGAGCAGAUUUCACUUUGUACGUUUUAUUCUCUGAACACAUCAAGCCAAGACAAAAUUCAUCAUCUGUACUAUAUUAUUUAUACAUAAAUAAAUAUCUAUAUAAAUAUGAAUAAUAUAUAUCCUGUAUUUUAUUUAUUGCACUUAUAGCUACAUCCCUUUUUAAGAUUAGAAGCUUCCCCCUUGCAGCGAAUGUGUCCGAAGUGAAGGAUGGGACCACUCUUUCCCACAGCAAACAGCUUCUUAGAGACAGUUUUAGUUGCUUCCUUGGCUAUUAUGUCAAUAUCAGGUAAAUAUGUAGUAUCUUUAAUGAGUGCCGGCACAGAUAAUUAUUUGUUAGGUCGCGUCUUAAACCUUGAGAUAUUUUUUUUGUCAUGUUUAGCCUGCAUGUCUGGCAGAUGAAGUGUAGCACAGGUUUUAUAGGCGAGGACAGAUUGAGAAGGUUUAAGGUUCAAACUCUGCAAAGGGUUUUAACCUGCGACAGUCUGCACCGUUUACAGCUGUGACCAAAGCCGAGCGUCACAGGAAACACUGACAUGAACACAUACUGUAUGAGUACCAACCUUACACUCUGCUUACUGUUUUUUUUUUCUUGUCAUCUGGCUCAGAGCCAUAAAAAUGUUUUACU